AUGGCUUCCUCUCAAACAUUUGAAUCAUGUUCUGAGCACAAGAUUCCUGUCGCUGAUGAAACCUAUCAACCGACCGAACAUGUGCAACGAGCUCAAUGGCUUCGAGCAGCCAUUCUGGGAGCUAAUGAUGGGUUGCUUUCGACUACAUCCCUAAUGCUUGGUGUAGGUGCAGCAGAGGAUGAUAGAUGGUCCAUGAUCAUGUCUGGACUUGCUGGAGCACUUGCGGGUGCCUGUAGCAUGGCUGUUGGUGAGUUCGUUUCUGUUUCAACACAAAGAGAUAUUGAACAGGCAACUGCUGCCCGCUGCACUUCAAAAACUGACACAGGCAUGCAGCAUGAUCACGUCAAGAAUCUUGAUAUGACUUCCAGUCCCACUACAGUUAAGGCAAGCAAGCUCAGAGAGACAAACUUAGGCAUGUUAGAUACCCCGACUCCUACAAGGACUGCACCAUGCAGGAACCUGGCCUGCAGUGAGCCAACAGAAAAAAUACCACCUCCGGUUUUAAUUCUUGAGCCAAAGCCCCAAGUCUUAUCUUCCGGCAGGUCUCCUAUAAUAAAAGUUAUAACCAAAGAUUUAAGUACUAAAGCCGUAGAAUUGGUGCAAGAUCACAUGGAAAAAGCACUUCCUAACCCGUAUAAGGCCGCCGCCGCAUCAGCUUUGGCAUUUUUAUGUGGGUCAGUUGUACCUCUGGCAUCCGCUGCUUUUAUUGCAGAAAACAUUAUUCGGAUUGUGGUGAUUGCAGUGGUUACAUCUAUAGCUCUUGCUCUCUUCGGGUGUUUUGGAGCUCAUCUUGGUGGCUUACCAGUUAGGGUAUCAGCAGCGAGAGUUCUGGUUGGAGGGUGGAUUGCGAUGGCAAUUACUUACGACAUGGACCACCAAGAGGAGGAGUUCUCUCCACCUUUGGCCGUCCUUCCAAGGUUGGAUCGCCUUGAUCGUUUGCUGCAGUUUCUAGAAGAGAGACGAUGGUGCUUGUCGGCGAGGCAAUCUUCUAACUACCCUUCCUUAACUUCAAUGGAAGUACAGUGCAAGACCCUAUCAUCUGCACUUGAGGAAGUUUCACUUAAGGGUACCCUGAUGGAGAGACUGACAGAGCUUGAGAAUCGAGUCUCACAGUUGAGUCUUGAGCUAGAUAUUGGAAACACAUUGAGGUCAAGCUCUUCCACCAUACCCAUCCCUGAACAAAAAGCACCCAGAAACAAAGAGCUGAAUGGAACUUUGAAAAUGGCACCCCAAAAGAAGCAAGAUCCUCUCAUCAAAGGUCAAGAGAGCAGCACUACAAAAGCAUGCGAAAGAAAACCACCGAAAGGCGGAAGACGAAAAUCAAUACUUAUUACCGAAGCAGUCAGGCGUAAGAAACUGCUUCGCUGGUUUCAAAUGGGAUGUUGA